CCAAGUAAAAUAAAACUAAUUGUUUUCGGUUGUUCAGUGUACGUUUGCAGCUCGAUGCGAGCAGAAUCGUUUUCGGAAUUGAAUCAACGAGUGUGUUGAACAAGAAAAAAAAACAACCGUUUCGUAUAUUUGUUAUUGUUGUUUUUUUUUUUUUAUAAAUCAAAGAAUAUAUUAGGUGUAGUUUUAUAAACGGGAAAAAAUGAAUUUAUACAUUUUUCUGAUUGUUGUGUUUUUACACAACGCUGUCGUUGUACUGACACAGGAGCCACAUAUCGACGAUGAAGAACCACCAGAAGGGUACUAUGCGUUUGUUGAAUCGGCCUCAGCCAUACCGCCGAGCGUUCGUCCACCACCAUACACUCAUGUUCAUCUCGAAUGCAAAGAUAUACCAAGCAAAAAUGCCUUUGUAUCAGUGCACAAUAUUUGCGGUGAUUUGAAUAAGGGUCAAAUACCACGAAAUCCAAUGGGACAAAAUGUAUUGGGCGAACCAUAUCCGUUUGAAUUGAUUCGAAAUCGUACAUUGGAUUUCUUAUCAAAAACAUUACCGGUACUCAAAGCUGACGAUACUCUGCCAAAAGUGGCACAAAUUCUCGAUGAACAAAUCGACGUCAUUGACAAUAACGGCAUUGGAAAUCGGGUUGGACGCAAAGCGAGAAGUACACCAAGCGAAGACGAAGAGAAACGAAAACCAAGACGACUAUGUGAUGGUGCUGGUGGCGGCGUAUUUUGUACAUUGUACCGUGCCAUUCAAGGUGAAGGUUUUGGUACGCCACAAAUAGCAGAACGGCGUGAAGAAUUGAAUGCACCACGUUAUGAGGGACCACCAACGCCAUGUCCGGCCAAAGUUGAGUAUGCAACGCCCGUAUUUGCUAAGAAUUAUCAAGGUUCAUGGCGAUAUGUUGUUCAAAUUCCAUAUGAAGGAUACUUUACUCAAACUGUUGAAGUGACACGCUGUUUACAAUCACGAUGUCAUUAUUUGGAUGGUGGUUGUUUGUCAUCUCCGCGUUGGGUUAGUAUGCUUGUCGCCGAAAUUUAUUAUCCAAAUGAAUUUGGUGUAUCGACAACAACCAGCACACCGGCACCGUCUGUUGGUGAUUUCCAAAAUUAUCAACAAUAUUUGCAAAAACGAGCCGGCGCCUCAUCGGCCACUGACGGUUCCACCGAUCAACAAUUGAACAGCGAUCAAAAAUCCAUACAUUGUGAUGGUUAUGAUGAAAUUGGUUGCUUUGAAGUUCGUCUUUAUUACGAUUGGUUCUUGAUUCCAGGCUCGUGCAAAUGCUGGCGACCAGACUACUUUGCACGAUAUGUUCGAAGAAAGCCUGGCAGCGGUGCCGAUUUGUAAAUAUUUCCAAAUCCAAAAAUAAAACAUAUAAAAAACAACAACAACAAAAAAUUCUACACACACACACCCAUUGGACAGCCAAGCGAAGUGACAUGAUCACUUCCAAACAAAAUACUUACUAAUUCUGAUACUCACGUUUUGGUAUCAUGUCACAUAAUAUGGACUGUAACUACGGUAGCUGAAUCAAUUAAAUUAUUAUUUAUACAUCGAAUAUACAGAAAUAAGACUCUUAGAUUAAGACAAGUUAAUUUUGCUUUAAUUUAUUCCAAAAAAAAACUAUUAAAAAUAAAGCGUUAUGGCGUUAUAAAUUAUAAAAAUUGGCA